CGAAGUCCUUCGAGCGAAGGGGGAGGUGGCGGUACACAGAGAAACAGAACUGAAAACGAGAAAUACGAAAAGAACAAGCUAAAAAAAGAGAAGAUAAAUAGGUGAAUAGAGAGGGUACAAAGAGCCUGGUGUGAGACAAUGGUCCGGUCCAAGUCCCACUCGCGCUCCUCCAAGUCGAGGUCACGCUCUCGCUCCAGCUCCAGGUCACGCUCACGUUCACGCUCCAGGAAGAAGCGGUACAGCUCUAGGUCUCGCUCACGGUCACAUUCCCACUCCCGCAGUCGAGACCGGAACUAUCCGAGAGAGUACCGCCGGGAUUUCCGCCCCAACCGGGGCAUGAGGCGACCGUAUGGCUUUCGGAACCGCGGCCGGGGGUUUUUCCAGGGUGCCGGUCGUUUCCACCAUCGCGGGGGUUUCCGCCCCAACUGGCAGAACCGCCGCUACUCGCGCAGUCCUCGUAGGGGUCGAUCUCGCUCCCGGACCCCCAAGCACAGGUCCACAUCCCAGAGGUCGCGCAGCAAGUCGGCACGGUCAGGGCGGUCCUCCGCUUCUCGCCACUCGUCGUCCACUUCUUCGUCACCGGCUCCGCCUAGACGGCACGGCAAUCAAGAGAAAACCAGUAGGAGAACAGAGUGCUCGAUGCAGGAGGGUCGGCCUCCGGUGCCAGAGGGCGUGACCAUCCAAGGAGGCUUGGCUGUGGGGACCUCAUCCCAGGUGGAGUCCAAGGCACCGGCACUGCUCUCUGACAGCUGGAUGGGCAUCUCGACCUACGAGGACAACAGCCCCCCUCACAGCCCCCCCAAACAGGGCUCCUCCCACUCUAGCUCACAGACUCACCUGGCAGCUCCUCAAGGGAGCACCUCACAAGGCCCCCCAGGUCUGUCCAGUGCCCCAACCGGCAGGGUCCUCUUCCCUCAGAGUGACGAACAGGAUCUUCCAAAAGCAGGGAAAUACUUUAAAAGGGGUCUGGAGGAGACCAGUGAGAGGACCAUUCUCCAGGACAAAGGGGAUGGGUGGGGGAGCAUCCCUCCAAAGGACCGACUGCAGGAACGGGUUCAGUGGGGUGAUCUGGAUCUAGACUUGGGGGCCAAGAGGAAGGGCGACAAGGUUCCCUUUCUGGGAGACUCCCCUGAGCCCGAAGAGGACGAGUCCCAGGCCUACAGGCAGCCGCACCAGUUCAAAGUGGGCAGCCAGGCUGAGUCCAGCAAGGGCCCUUUAGUGGAGUCGCUGUGGGUGCAGGACCAUGCAGAGGAGCCAGCCAGGGGUAAAGGCCAUGGCCCUAAGGGGAUCAAGGAGCCAGAGAGAGCACACAAGUUCCAGGACUCAAACCUCCUGCUGAGCACCACCAGGUACAGCGAGCAGGCCGAGGGGGCGCAGCAGUACGCCGCCAAGCGGGAGGCAGUGUCGCUCCUGAACUGGCACCCCCUGGAAGGGAGGACCGAGAACGCUCCCAGAGCAGGCCCCAGCCACGGGGGCUGGCCACAGGUCAAAAUGACAAUGGCAUCCCUUGAACGUGAAGAUGCCGGCCCAGGGCUCUCUGUAGCGGUGGACCGCUCCUUGGCCAGUGCCCUCGCCACCUCCAGCAGGAAGGAGCAGGCCUUCCGCUCCGUCUUCCACCACAUAAUGCAGCCUCAGGCCCCCCAGAGCUCGGCUGAGGCCUUCGUUCACCACAUUGUGUUCUUGGUUCACUACGUCAGAGAGCGUCACUUCGAGCCACCUGCACUGUCCCUCCAUGAGCGAUUCACUAUCUAUCAGACAGCAGGUGUGGAGCACGAGGCCGCACACCGAAGUCCCGAGAUCCACAGGAGGAUUGACAUCUCUCCAACUGCAUUUAAGAAGUCCAGAAUCUAUAAGGAGGACCCCAAGGAUGAAAAAAAAUCGAGAUGUGGUUCUGCUGACGUGCGGUAUGAUAUUGAUCGGAGCCAUGAGCGCCAUGACCGCGAAGAGACCAGGGUGACCCGGGAUGCCAGUCCACCCAGGAAGGGGGACAAACUGGGCAAAGAAUUCAAGGAUCACAAAGAUUACAAACCUUUCAAGGACGACAGCAAACACAAGAGUAAAGACAGGGGUAACUCCAGGUGCUCCUCCAGGGCCUCCUCCAGGUCCUCGGAGUCCCGUGAGGAUGGCCGGGACAGGCGGAGAGCCCGGGAGGAGCCAGGAAAGGCUCCAGCAGAGCAGAAGGUCUGCACAGGACCACAGACUGCCAUGCGACCCAGAGGAACUUUACAAUUCCGCAUCAGGGGGGGCCGGGGAAGGGCUCGGGGAGCCGUCCCACCAACCGCCCCAUUCCAGAAGAGGCCCAAGGAGGAGGAAUGGGACCCAGAGUAUACUCCCAAGAGCAGGAAGUAUUUCCUGCAUGAUGACAGGGACGAUGGCACAGACUACUGGGCUAAAAGAGGACGCGGACGAGGGGUCUUCCAGCGGGGCAGGGGGCGAUUUCCCUUUAGGAAGUCCAUGAGUAGCCCAAAGUGGACCCACGAUAAGUACCAGUGUGAAGGGAACGAGGAGCUGGAGGAGGAAGACCAUGCAGAGUGUGAGGAAAGGAAGGAUACCCACAAAGAGGAGAAAGUGGAGUGAGAAGGUACAGUGGUUGAGCAGAUUGGGAUGUGUUUUGUCCUUUGCUUUACCACGAGUAUGAGUAGCAUGUGAAAGUGUUGUUUUGUUUUUUGCUUAUCAACAGAGUAGUGUUUUUUGUUAAGUAAUGAUUGCAGUGAUAGUAAUUUUAGUAAGACAUGUGGAGCAGUCACAUUGCGAUGGGACUGCGAUGGUACACGGAGCUUCUUUGGUGUCCCAAAGUUGUGUGUCCGCAACAUGUUUUUGUUACAGAAAAUAAGAAUGUCUAUUUGGGUAAAAUGGGUUUGUUCAGAACAUUUCUUCUACUGUAGGUAGGCUUUGUAUUAGUUUUCAUGGGGUUACCUUUGAUUUGAGUUGACAUUGGUCUACUAUGCUUUGUCUUCCCUCAUGUCCAUCCAAAGACGGAAGUUCGGGAGAAACACUGAGUUAGCAGUUACUAGGGUGGUUUUUGUGAGAAAUAUUUCAAAGAAAAUCUAUGUAAUUGGUGCCCACUUACAUGUAUAACCAAUGAAGCAGCCUUUUUUCUGUAUGACGUAAUUUUCAGUUAAUGUCACAGUUAGGGCAUAUUAAACCUGCGUUUUAUUUCGCA